GUGGGAGCUAGAAGCCAAUAAUUCAACAAGAGUAGUUGGUUACUGGACUAGCUAACACGCGGCCAAUGCGUACAAUGCUUAUACACAGUGCGUGCAACAUAUUUGUAUAAAAGACCACGUUUCUGACUUUUUGCAAUGAUUCUACCGCUUUACGGACGAGUGCCCUAUACUCUGAGUCAGUGCCUCAGAGAAUGUAUUGUGAGUGCAUCGCGAAAAAAUUCUUUAGGAAAAUUUGUUAAACAUCGAUACUACGCAACCGCUAGCAAGUUAAAAAUUAAUUCGCAGAAUGUAGUGAGUAGCGGAUUCCCCGACAUAAGUGGUUUCGAAAAUAUUUACUUGCACGACUUCAUUUGGGAUAAAGUCGAAAAAUGGUCAAAUCACACUGCUCUGGUAUGCGCAAAUACUGGUAGAUCAUAUACGUAUGGUCAGUUGAGAAAAGCAUGUGGCAAAUUAGCAACGAGUUUAAGAAAAAUGAAGCUUAUGCCGGGAGAUACUAUCGCUAUUAUUUUACCAAAUAUCCCAGAAUACGCCAUUAUCACACUAGCGGCAAAUGAAGCCGGUUUACAGACAACUCUGAUUAAUCCUACGCACACAGUGUACGAAAUAAAGAGACAAUUGGAGAACAUGGAAUCUCAAGCAAUAUUUACAUUUCCGGGCAAAUAUGCUGAUACCAAAGCAAGUAUCGAGAAAAAUUCCAAGAUAAAGCUACCAAUUAUUAUCGUAAACGAUGGGACUGGCGCUGACUCAAUCUCAGGGACAAUCAAAUUAAAUGAUCUUAUGUGCGACGACAUCCAAGAUUUUUCAGUUAGUCAAAAAACUGGAAUAAGUUACGAAGAUACGGUAUUCUUGCUUUAUUCCAGUGGCACAACUGGCAUGCCGAAAGGCGUUGAGUUGUCUCAUAGGAAUAUCGUUGCAAAUAUUCUUCAAUACGCCAAUCCGACCUUAUUCCCUGGAAUAGAAGCGAACGAGCACCAUCAGGAUAUUAUACCGCUAAUAUUACCAGCAUAUCACUGUUUUGGGUUACUAGUUACUUUGUAUCCUUAUCUGCGAAUAGGUGCUAAGGUGGUGUGUCUACCGCAAUUCUCCGUGAAAGAAUUUACAAAACUGCUUGAAAAUCAUCGGUGCACAAUCCUGCAUGCCGUACCACCGAUCGUACAGAUGAUGACGAGCAACGAACGUAUAACGUCCCGUCACGUUGAAUCUAUAAGAACAAUAAUGUGUGGAGCUGCACCGCUCGGGGAAAAAUCUAUCGCCAAAUUCCACAGUCGUUUUACUAAUCCCAUGAUUUUUAACCAAGGAUAUGGGGCGACGGAGCUGUGCCCAAUCGCUACAAUCGGUAUGGAUGUACCAUCGACAUCGUGCGGUUAUCCGGUUGCAAAUACACAGAUGAGGAUUGUAAGCAGGCAAGAUGAUACUCUCGGCAGAAACUUGGGUCUGCGCGAGGUGGGAGAAAUAUAUAUACGGGGUCCGCAGGUAAUGAAAGGGUAUUAUAAAAAUCCCGAGGCCACAGCAAAUUCGAUGGAUGGAGACUGGUACAAGACCGGCGAUGUGGGCUAUUUUACUGAAGAUGGCCUAUUAUACGUGCAAGGACGAUUCAAGGAAAUAAUCAAAGUAAAAGGAUACCAAGUCGCGCCCACCGAAAUUGAAGAAGUGAUUCGUAAUUACCAUCAUGUACAAGACGUCGCCGUCAUUGGUGUGGCGCACGAAAAUUAUGGCGAAAUACCAAAAGCUUUUGUAGUUCCCAAGGUGGGGGUAAGAAUUGACGAGAACGAACUCAAAAACUUUGUCGCUCAACGCGUAGCCAAGUACAAACAAUUAGGAUAUAUACAAGUUAUAGAAAGUAUUCCGAAAACUCCAUCUGGAAAAAUUCUUCGAAGGGAACUCGAAAAACUGUAACUCGUUUUUCGAACGUCAACUUU